GGGUAUGAGUUUUAUUUUAAAAUAUUUAACGAAUUUGUUUUUUUUUGCAAGUAUGAGUCGAGAAUAAAUCUAUAUUUAUUUAUUUGGGGGAUUUUAGUUGACAAACAGUGAUUUUUGGGGUAUUUUUGAAAUCCUUUGGGGGAAAUUAGUUAUAACCAUCUGGCAACCCUGCAUGCUGCCUACCUCACAACUGGUGUUUUGGCUUGGGACGGUGGAGGGUUAUUUGUUCCACACAGGUCUUAUGAGGAUAGGCCAUCCUGUAGUAGUAUAUCCUAGAUAGAGUAUACUAUUCUCGAUUUCUCAAUUUACAAAAUUCAUUCAUUGGAAAAAUAUGAAAGAUGACCAUCCUCAGAUCCUCAUCGAUACAUAAUCAUCGAUAUGACAAAUUCGAUAUUAUUCAAAAUGGCGUAUGCGUAUCGAUGUAUAUAUCGAUAUAUCGAAUCGAUAAGCCUUCCUAUAGGUCAAGAGAUUUUUAAAUUUAAAUUUUUAUGAAUAAUAAUUCAAUGAAUUUAUGAAUCAACCAAUAAUUUAUUAAAAUUACACAAUGAACUGCAAUAAAAUCGCCUCCUCCAAUUGACACCCUGAAAAAUUGGCACAAAAAAAAAAAUAUGCAAAAUACCUACAAAAUUUAAAACAACAAAAAAAAUCAAACGCCGAUAUUCAAAUUUAAAAUUGAGAAAAAAAAAGAAUGGUAUUCCGAUUCCAAUGUCGCGAGUCGAGCCGCCGAUUUAUUUUUAAAACAAGGCAGAAAUUCAUCAGAAAAGAAACAUGGCGAUCGCAGUGCAGUGCUCGCAGUUUCUCUACGGGAAAACUUUGAGUUUUUCGCCGAGUUCGUGGAAAAUGUGAGCGGAAAAUCGCUGCAAAAAGACCAUUGAACAGUGUUUCGUAUAGUUUAGUUAUUUAUUUAAGUGAUUCUUAUUUCGGGGCGGAUUCCUACUCCUGUCCCUACUACUUUAUUUAUACAUUUUUUUUUUUUGAAAAUCCAUCAAAAUGGGUGUUGAAGAGGCGGCAAUCAACAGCAUCAUGAGCGGCAUAGAAAACACCGGGGGCGUCAAACAGCACAAUCACAAAAAGAAACUCAGACAAAGAUUUGAUAUAAUCAAAAAGUUAGGACAAGGGACGUUUGGUAAAGUGCAACUAGGUAUAAACAAAGAGACUGGACAAGAGGUAGCUAUUAAAACGAUCAAAAAAUCCAAAAUCGAAUCAGAUGCAGAUCUUAUAAGAAUAAGGCGAGAAAUUCAAAUAAUGUCUUCAGUACAACAUCCUAAUAUCAUUCAUAUUUAUGAAGUAUUUGAAAAUCGUGAAAAAAUGGUGCUAGUGAUGGAAUACGCCGCUGGCGGCGAACUAUACGAUUAUUUAUCAGAAAGAAAAGUCCUACAAGAAGAAGAAGCUCGCAGAAUAUUCAGACAAAUAGCCACUGCAAGCUACUAUUGUCACAAACAUAAAAUUUGUCAUAGAGACUUGAAACUAGAAAAUAUCCUUCUAGAUGAAAAUAAUAACGCAAAGAUUGCAGAUUUUGGCCUAUCAAACGUAUUUGAUGAUCAAAGAUUGCUCAACACAUUUUGUGGUUCUCCUUUAUACGCCUCACCGGAAAUAGUCAAAGGCACUCCUUAUCAUGGACCCGAAGUUGAUUGCUGGUCAUUAGGUGUCUUACUGUACACAUUAGUUUAUGGUGCUAUGCCUUUUGAUGGUAGCAAUUUUAAACGUUUAGUCAAACAAAUAUCUCAAGGCGACUAUUACGAACCUGCCAAACCAAGCCCUGCCUCACCAUUAAUCCGUGAUAUGUUAACAGUAAAUCCUAGAAAUAGGGCAGAUAUUGAAAAAAUUUGCUCUCAUUGGUGGGUAAAUGAAACUUACGACGACAACUGUUUGGAUAUAAGUGAAGAACUAGCCAAUCAAACACCAGUCAGAUUAGAUGUACUUUUAUCAUUAGCUCCACCUGCACCGCAACUAGAAAGCGAAAAACUUGUAGUUACAAGUGAUGCAUCUGAAGUUAUGCAAUCUGAAGCAGGAGGUCCUGCAAGAUCUCAAAGUGUUGGCAGUUUAAUGGAGCUCACUAGUCCGGAAAAGAGAAUCAUGGACAUGAUCAAUUCUAGUCCCAAGCGGAAAUUGGAAAGCACUGUCAGUACGGACAGAGUCAAUUUGGAUAAACGCAAAGACAAAAUUGUUAAAGAAAAUACAGUGGCUGAUAUCACAGUUCAUGGUGCUGUUGUACAAAAAGAUGAUAGUAUGUCUGAGGCUUUGCCUCUUAAUAAAUCUUUGACGCAAACUAUUUCCAAGGAUAUGGAUGUUGAGCCAGUGAUUGAAGGGGCAGCUUGUCAAGAAAUUAUGGAAGAAGUACGGGAAAAGGAAAAUGCAGCUGCCAAAAAAUCACCAUCUAUAUCUAAAAUCAAAAGGACACAAUCCAUUGUUAGUGGUAAAGUUUUGGAAGGUAUAAAUGAGAUUCCUAGUCAAGAAAAUUUGAUUGACAAAGAAAAUAAGUCUCAAUCUCCACCUAAGGAAGAAGAAACUGUUAAAAAACCUAAAGAGAAACUAACAAUAAAGACUAAAGGGGUUAAAAAGAAGAUAUUGGCUGACAAGAACGAAAACGAUAAAGAAACUAAAAGUGAAGUUGAAAAAAUGGAGUCUAAAGAAAACGGUAGUCAAGAAAAAUCGUCACCAAAAACUGAAACUCCUUCUAAACCAGUAGAACGAAGAAAAUCGCGAAUAUUCGAAGCGGCUGAAAAGUUCCAAAAUCUCAUUAGUCCUACUGAACCAAAGCCCAGCCCCCUAGACAAACCAAAGAAAAUUUUAAUACCAGGAGUGUCUGUUGACGGUUUUAAAAAAGAAUUUGAAAGAAAAUCCAGCUUAACUUCAUCAGUGCCUGUAAAACCCAAAACGACUAUUGCUCCCAAAAGGACUCUUAUCGAUAAACAAAAAUCUGAAGAAGAAAAACUUGAACCAACACCUGAUAAGGCUCAAAAAGUUGAUAGUAAAUUAAAAAAAGAAGAAGUUAAGUUUGAAGACGAAACUCCAAAGACUGAAGAUUUGAGACAAGAAAAAGUCAAAAACGCUGUAAAUAUUAUUUCAAAUGCUUUAGACAUAGAGGGGACAAGAAAAUCGAAAUCUAGACCUUGUAUGAUGAAAAAACCACCUGUACCUUUUGGAGUGAGUGGUAGGUCAGCUUCGGGAAAUAUAGGAACAAUCACUCCAUUGAGCCCUCCUAUUCAAAACAUAGGACCUAAACCAUUCAUAAGACCUUGUUACGAAAAUAAGCCUGUGAUUGCUGAAGCUAAACAAGUAAAAGACGAACCAGCAGCUCCAGUUAUUGACGAACCACAAACCAGCAAUGCUGAAAUUACUUUGAAAAGUGCCACAUUGCCUAGAAGAAAAACUACUAAAGCUCAAAUUCAAAUAAACUAUCCAACACCGAAACCAGCUCAAAUCGAAUUCAGAACCGAAGCUGCUCAUAAUGUAGAAGCUAAAAGUGGAAACGAAAGAUCUUCAAAAGAAAGAAUAAUACCAAUCGCUUUUGAAAAACUCAAGGAAAACGGUAAAGAUGCUGUUGUCCAAUCGCCACCGGCCAAACCUCCAAUGCCCAGACCGUUUCAAACUCAGAAAUCAACCAUCUCACAAAGAUCAAACAGUCUCUCGAGACAAUCCACUCAAGAUUCUGACUCAGAAACCACUUCGAUUGGUGAACCAAUUAAGAAAUCGCCUAGAGAAUAUAUCAUUCCUAUUGCAGUAGAAGGUGGAGGAUAUGUAACUCCUAGAGCUGGUAGCUUAGAACCAAGCGACACAGCUAGCAACGCUAGCACAAUGACAAGCAGAAGUAAAACCAAAUUCGGAUUGGGUGCCAGAAGAUUAAAUUCACUUUUCAGCGACAGAGACUCUGAAGACGAAUCUCCUUUUGCCACUUUGCACAGGCACAGUUCCUUCGGUAAAGAUAGCGACAACGAGGAUUCUAAAAAGGACAAUUUCCCGCACAUGCACCGAUUGAGAAGAAUAAGGCCUAAGAAAGCAGCUCUGGAACACAACGACUCUGUUAGUUCAGGAGAAGAAGACGACGACGAAGGAUUUGAAAUAUUGACAGCUGAGAAUUUGUUUUCUACUUUGUUGUCUAGAGUAAGAGAUUUGACUCAAAGAUUAAAUGUGGACGAUAGUGUGAGGCCUGGUUUUCCAAGCUCUAGAUUGCUCAGUUCAUUCGAUCAUGGCACCAAUUUCUGGAAUAGAAUGGACCAUCCCAUGACUAGACAUUCUUCACUGAGUAGGCCUUUUAGUCGUCCCACAUUCAACACCACAACACAAUCAAGCACCCCUUGGCGAAGAAGCGUCAGCAAAGAUUUAGCUUCAGACAUCGAGAGUGUCUUCAACGAUCAGAACAAUGGAACUUUGACAGCGCGAGUACCAAGGGGAGACGAUCACACGGAUAACUCGGAAAACCUUAAUUUGGCAGACUUAGAUUUGAAGAAAUUAAACCUUAGUGAAGAAGACCAACUAGCCUUGUCUUACCUAACUCCCGGCUUAUCUAGGAGAAUUGAAAAGCAACUUUUAGCGCAACUAACACCAUCUGAAGUGAGAAAAUUACAACGUACUCUUAGUUCUAAAACUAGUGACGAAGUACAAAAAAGACCUGAAGUUGAUAGAAGAAAAUCCGUUGACAGAAUGAAUUAUGGUACACUACCUAGAAGAAAUGAUGUGGAUGGUGUUAAAAAUUAUGUAAGAAGUACUUCAAAAUCUUUUUUACCUGUAAAAUUCGGCAGCGAAAAUGCACAUGAAUUCAAUAUAAGAUCUUCAAGUAUUGGAGCAGAACCUAAAGGAAAUUAUAAGUUUUCCUAUACCAAACCUAAACUCACUAGAUCAAUGAGUACUAACAGAGGAGAAUCAAGAAUAGCCAGGCCUAUGGACUUACAAAGCCCCGAAAGCAGCAUUUCUGAAAGCAUUUCAAGAAACGAAGAUACUUCAAGCUCGAGACUUUAUUCCAGAUACUCGAGCGAUAAUAAUUCAUAUUCUAGAUACACACCUAGUAAUUCUAGUCAAAGUUUACUGUCUCCAACUUCACCAGACUUGCCUAAAACUAAACCCUCUAAUACUCGAAGAGUUUCAAGAUUCUUAAGGCCUGACUUUUUUGAAACUAAAGAGGAAAAUGUUUUACUUAAAGAGAAAAAAGAACGGGAACGCGAAACACAGCAAGUACUCAAAGAAAUAAGAGAUAAAAGGAAGAGUAGGUUGAGGUCGCAAUCAAGAAGCCGCGAAGAAAAGAAAGAAGAACCUGAAGCUACAAUUAUUAUUGAACAAACAAAAGACACACAUGAUUAUGUUAACAUGCCUGCACCAGUUACAACAAACAACGAGGAACCAAAUGAACCCACAAAGCCUUAUGAUUAUGUUAACAUGCCUGCACCAGUUACAACAAACAACGAAGAAGCAAAUGAACCCACAAAGCCUUUACAUGAUUACGUUAACGUUAAAGCACCUAAAAAAGAAUCAAGAAUUUCUAGAAUCGCCAGGCCUAAAAGCUACCCGAACGAAAUUGUACAAAAAAAUGACAGUGUUGCAAAAGAAUCCAAAAUCAGUAAGUUGAAGAAAGGUUUUGGUAAAAAAGACAAACCAUCUAAGGAAGACAAAAACGAAACUAACGAAGAAGAAAAAGCGCACAAAAAUAAACUACUUCAAUCAAUAGAAAAGAAGCUAGAAAAAUUCAGAAGUAAUAAUAUAGCUUCAAAAGAUCCAGAAGAAGCUAAAGCCCUUCUAGAAAAAAAAUCAAUAGUUGACAAUGCAAUAAAACGCUUGAGAGAGCAAAGCUUACCGAGAAACUUGGAACCGUGCACAGAAAGUGGAUUACUAAAACGAGCAGUAUCUGUUGAAGACUUGGCUGUAGGCUCGAAACCUUUACAAGCCAGCAGGAAAAGUGUCACCAAAAUAUUAGGCCUUUUUAAGAAAUACGAAGAACAACCUGGCAAGAAAACCAAAGAGAAAAAAACCAAAGUAGUUGAAAAAAAAGAACGCCCAAAAUCUUUAUUGUUGGAUAAAAUGAAGCAUUUUCAAAAUACUUAUAAUGGUGCUAAAAGUGAUAGCUUACUAGACCAACCAACCAAAUCAAAAUUACCAGUAACUUCAUUUAGAAGAAGCUUAAAUUUGGACAAUAUUGAACCUGCCAAAGAAGAAUCCAAACCAGAUAGGACACAUUUGAGAUUGGACUUCAGUAAAAUCCCUCAAAGUGAAUCAAACAGACACUCUCUAGCAACCACUGACGAUAGUUCAACAAUUUUAUCACCAACCGAAGACUAUUUAUCGUGCGAUUCUUGGUCAGCUUGUUCCGAUUAUCACCAUUUGAACGAUUUACAUUCACCGCAAUCUCAUAACGGACACUCGUAUUCUGGUGACGAAAAUGAAUCGGUUAUAGACAGGAUAAGGCGUAAGAGUUUUUACACAAGAUUCAACGAAAAAAGACGGCCUUCUAGGAAACCAAAUACUUAUAAGGAUUUGGAUUUGUAUGGGCGAGAUUAUUCCAAGCCUGAUUACAGCUCUUUGGAUCGAUAUCGCAGUCCUAGUGUGAGUAGACGAACUAGUUUUACUUCUUAUAUACCCGAACAUGGUUCUACAAGUGAAUAUAGGCCUUACGUACGCAGCGCUUCGGUUUUGAAUGAUUAUGUAAAUGUGCCCAGUCAAAAUUUGACUCAUUCUUAUCAAAAUUUACCAGGUUCUUCCUAUCAAAAUCUUCCAGGAUCCUAUCAGACUUACACUAGCAGGAUUGCCAGGCCUAAGAGUGUAACUAAAAAUUUAUAUUCCGACUCGGAUUACCAUUUGGAUGAUGCGCUGACCAGUGCAAUACCAAAAAGACACAGUCCUUAUACCCAUAGGUCAACCUUAGAAAGUGGUUCAGUAUCACCACAAUAUUUCAAUGGCAGAUCUUCUUCUAUUCUUCACUCUCCUACCACUUCAGAACCGCUUUAAGUAUUAAAAAUAUGCAGUCCAGAAAAUCUAAAAUAAUUCAGUUCCUCUCUGUUAGUUUCAUUAGUAAUUUAUUCACUUCUUUUCUCUGGACUUUAAUAAUCAUCAAACCGAUUUCUGUUAAAUUAAGGUUUAUCUGUGUGCAUAUAUUAAUAUGCAAUACAUAUUUAUUAAAAAUAGGAUGGACUAAACAGUCUUUGGCAAAUCAUUAAAAAAUGUUCCUAGUCUAAAUUGUUAAAAACAUCCCUAUUUUAGACUUUUUUUUUACUCUACAAUAUUUAUUUUGACUCAAAGCAAAGAUCUGUUUAGGGAAGUUUAUAUUUUAAUGGGAAAAUUUGUCCCAUAACUCGAUGUAUUUAAUACAAAAAAAAAAAUAUUUAUUUAUUAUUUAAGUUACGAUUUAAAGAAAAAAAAACGACUUCUAUACCGACUUGUUGAGUGAUUGUUAAGCAUUAAUUGUAUUUACUCAAGUUCUUUGAUAUUCAAAACUCAUUUUUUUGGUUCUAGUGUUAUUCUGAACACUUACUUUAUACAUUAUUGUUCAUGUUUAAAUAUCAGAGUUUAUGUAAUCUUGUUGCAAUACAAUUUUUCAAUGUAGUUAGCUUUCCUAUAUAUCAAAAUUUUGUUAUAACUCAUUAAAGAUAUUUAUUAUUUAUUUAUACUUUUUCGAAAUUUAUUGUUGCGAUAUAUUAUAAUAUACUAGUUAAUUUAAAAUAAAAAAAAAAUAUAUCACUUCUUUUUUCGAGUUUGUUGUGUGAACUUUGUUAUGUAGAGUAUGUUAACGUUUUGUGAUUUUAUAAAAAAUAAUAAACUAUAUUAUUAGUGUUU